GCACGUCACUCGACAACUCGUCGUGGUGCGUUCACGGACUCGGACGUUCCUGUGUCCAUUAGCACAUUCCGUCCUCUGUCUGUGUCCCGUCCGUCCGUCCGUCCAUCCUCAUCCCCGCAGCCUGAAGUAGAAGCUACCCGGGGCACGGAGGCAGGUCGAGCGGAUCGAGUCACCGGUUAAUCAGUGACUGGAGGUUCGCUGUCAGUGUGAGUGAUUGGAGGCUGCGUCGUAAUGAGGCGAUAACAUGUCGGCGAGGGGCCGAGGAGGAGGAAGGAGGUGACCGGAGGUUGAGUGUCUCAGCCCGGAGGAGUGUGACGUGGUUUACAGCAGCGAGAGGCGGUCACUGAGAGAUCCACCUCUUCAGAUCACUGAGAGAUCCUUCAGACUGAGAGAUCCUUCAGACUGAGAGGUCCAGCUUCUUCCGAACACACAGAUCUGAUCCUUCAGACUGAGAGGUCCAGCUCUUCAGAACACUGUGAGAUCCUUCAGACUGAGAGAUCCACUUCUUCAGAUCACACAGAUCUGAUCCUUCAGACUGAGAGAUCCACUUCUUCAGAACACUUGAGAGGUCCACCUCUUCAGAACACACAGAUCUGAUCCUUUAGACCGAGAGAUCCUUCAGACUGUGAGAUCCACCUCUUCAGAACACUGUGAGAUCCACCUCUUCAGAUCCGUGGUUCUCAUCCUUCAGACUGUGAGAUCCACCUCUUCAGAUCUGUGGUUCUCAUCCUUCAGACUGUGAGAUCCACUUCUUCAGAUCACACAGAUCUGAUCCUUCAGACUGAGAGAUCCACUUCUUCAGAUCACUGUGAGAUCCACCUCUUCAGAAGAUCCACCUCUUCAGAUCUGUGGUUCCCUUCCUUCAGACUGUGAGAUCCACUUCUUCAGAACACUGUGAGAUCCACCUCUUCAGAUCUGUGGUUCCCUUCCUUCCGGCUCCACAGACUCUCCCUGGGAUUGGAUCUAUGUGUCCUUCCUUCUGUGGAUGGGCUCAGGAUGUGUGGUCCUCCCGAGCUUCUCUGCUGACCGGACUGAAAGGAGCUGCAAACCUCUGACUGCUGAUGAAUGAGCCUCGAGGAAACUUUUGUAUUUGACCUCUUCCAGGAGAUGUUACUGCCAAUAACACUCUGGACCUGAUAGUUGGAAACAUUUUUGCGUUUUUAUCGGCCCUGGAUUGACUUUAUCUUUUAACCGUAUUGUUGUUGAAAUACUUGGCAGCUGAAACAUGGCACUUUAUCUAGAAGGUCUGAGCAAAGGAGUGGCCAACGGAGGGAUGGCUCAGUUCCAGGAAAUGAUGCGGCAGCAGCUGGAGAGCUCCAUGCACACGGAGCUGGAGAAACUGCUGGACACCACCACGGCGGCCGAGAGAGAGGUGUCCAGGAAAGACUUCGAGGGCUUCAAGAAUCUCUUCCACAGAUUCCUGCAGGUGAAGGGGCCGUCGGUCGAGUGGAUCAAGAUACAAAGACCUCCAGAGGACUCGAUCCAGCCCUACGACAGGAUCGAGGCUCGCGGCCUGCCGGACAACGUGGCCGACUGCCUGAACAAGCUGGUGGUGGUGAAGCUGAACGGGGGCCUGGGCACCAGCAUGGGCUGUAAGGGCCCCAAGAGCCUGAUCAGCGUCCGCAACGAGAACACCUUCCUGGACCUCACUGUGCAGCAGAUAGAGCACCUGAACAAGACGUACAACACCAACGUGCCCCUGGUUCUCAUGAACUCCUUCAACACAGACGAAGACACAAAGAAGAUCCUGCAGAAGUACACGCACCACCGGGUCAAGAUCCACACCUUCAACCAGAGCAGGUAUCCUCGCAUCGACAAGGAGUCCCUCCUCCCCGUGGCCUCCAGCCUGAACAUGAACGGUCAGAGCACAGAAGGCUGGUACCCUCCGGGCCACGGCGACAUCUACGCCAGCUUCUACAACUCGGGCCUGUUGGACCAGCUGAUCCAACAGGGCAAGGAGUACAUCUUUGUGUCCAACAUCGACAACCUGGGAGCCACCGUGGACCUGCACAUCCUGCACCACCUGGUCAGCCAGCCCAACGGCAAGCGCUGCGAGUUCGUCAUGGAGGUGACGGACAAGACGCGCGCCGACGUCAAGGGCGGCACUUUGAUCCAGUACGAAGGAAAACUGCGUCUGCUGGAGAUCGCUCAGGUGCCCAAGGCCCACGUGGACGAGUUCAAAUCGGUUUCCAAGUUCAAGAUCUUCAACACCAACAACCUGUGGAUCUCUCUGGCUGCCAUCAAGAGGCUGCAGGAACAGAAGGCCAUGAAGAUGGAGAUCAUCGUCAACCCCAAGACUCUCGACGGAGGACAGAACGUCGUCCAGCUGGAGACGGCGGUCGGCGCGGCCAUCAAGAGCUUCGACUACGCGCUGGGGAUCAACGUCCCUCGCAGCCGCUUCCUGCCGGUGAAGACCACGUCCGACCUGCUGCUGGUCAUGUCCAACCUGUACAGCCUGGACGCCGGCUCGCUGACCAUGAGCCCGAAGAGGGAGUUCCCCACCACGCCGCACGUCAAGCUGGGCAGCUCCUUCACACAGGUUCAGGAAUACCUGACUCGCUUUGAGAGCAUCCCCGACAUGCUGGAGCUGGACCACCUCACCGUGUCUGGAGACGUCACGUUUGGAAAGAACGUUUCACUCAAGGGCACCGUCAUCAUCAUCGCCAACCACGGCGACCGGAUCGAUAUCCCCGCCGGCUCCAUGCUGGAAAACAAGAUCGUGUCCGGUAACCUGCGCAUACUGGACCACUGAGGCCUUUCUCCACCCCCCCCCCUAUUAACAUGUGAUCCCGUUUGGUUUCUAUCCCAGUCAUGUGACCCGUUUGUCAUGUGACCCGUUUGUCAUGCGACCCGCACGGACAGUUUGUGAUGCAUGUGCAGCACUGCUGGACGUGUGUGUAGUUUGCAUAUACUGCCCCCUACAGGCUCCUUAUAUUAUAUCAGAGGUUUAUGUUAUAUAUCUAAAUAAUCACAGCUGUCACUUUACAUAAAGACAUUUAUAACACAUAAGAGAAAACAACAGAUUUUUAUCCUAUUUUGGUUUUGUCCGUUUCCUCGUCAAAAAGUUAAAUCUGCCAGAAACAGCUAUUUGGUAAAGACAUUAAUAAAAGUGAUGACAUCAUUUGUCUCAGAGAUCUUACCAACUACAGAAAUCAUCAGUAUUAUAUACAAAUAAUUGAAAAUGUUCACGAGGAUCACGAUGUUAAAGUGAAGAUCUGCAGUAAAACCUGGAGGCUGAAAUCAUUUGAGUCGUAUUAAUAUAAUAUUUUAACAUCCUGCUCACAAACAAACAAACGGGGAUGAAAAGGUUUAGUCUCUGUAGCUUCUGGAUUAACGACUUUUAAUCAGGCGACGUAACAACGCUGUGAAGUUUUAUGUCAAAAAACAAAUAUAUAAAAAGAUAUAUAAUGUAAAGUGAAGACUUCUCUGUUCAUCGCGCUGUGACGUAGGAAAAACAAACCAGCCUGUGCAUUACCUUGUUUUCUCCAGUUGGUUCACACGUUGAGCUUCGUGUUGUGUGAAACCUCGUGCCUCCAUCGGUGUCUCACGUCCUUCUGCCUUUUCAGCCUCACACGAGCACCACAAGUCAUUUAAAAACCAACGUGUACAUACGCAGAGUUUCACCGAGGAAGAUCCUUGAGAUGGAGCCUGAAAGCAAUAAGUGUUGAUCUGUGACGAGGUCUCGGCCCGGCUCCGCCUCUGAAUAAAGUGCAAUAUGAAAAACUGA